AUGAUGAUGAUGCGUAUGUUCCUGAAGCCCUCUCAUACUCGGAAAUCUUUUAAUUACUUCGCCGCCGCUGCCAUGUCCUCUUCUGCUUCUUCUUUUUCCGGUUUCAAACCGCGUCCGACUCACGUGAUACGCUGCGGCAAAGAGAAGCCCCAGGACAAGGACCCUAAGGAUUUCUACAUCCGAACCCUCACCGCGGUCCUUGGUAGUGAGGAGGCUGCGAAGAAGUCUUAUAUCAAAGAUAUUGGUCACUAUUCUGGCUUCGUUGCUGCUGACCUCACUCCUGAACAGGCUCGUCAAAUUUCAAAGCAACCAUAUAUUUUUCUUGUUGAGGAGAAUAGAAUCAUGAGUCUCUACCGCAGGAUCCAGGUGUAA